AAUCAAUGUAUGACUGGGAGAAUGAAGAAAGACAAGAUAAUAAUUUUAAUAAAAUAGAUUCGAAUAAUGAAGAUGAACAAUACUAAUAUACUUCAAAUGAAAUAGUCCCUCCUUUGAAAACAUAUAUUUCAAAUGAAUAAGCCAACAUGACUUAAUUUCGAUUUUACACUCUAAUAAACAAAGAAACCAAUUCUAAAAAUAUUCCAAAAACAUUUGGCAACAAUUUCAAAAAGUUUAUGGACAAUGUCUCCUCAAUGGAUGGAAAGUAAAAAACUCACCCUCCAUUCCCAUUAUAUAUGGAAAGAUUUUUAAAUAAAAAGACUAAAGGAAAACAAUCAACUUACACACUUAAAGAUUUUAAGGCUUUAUUCAGCAAUGAAAUAUGUAGAAAAUGGUUUUAAUUUUACAUGGAGAAUUGUGCCUUUUUAGAUUUGAUAUAAUCCAAUAGAAUAGAAAAUGUAGAUGAAUAUAUACUAGCUAUUGAAUAAUAUUUAGUCGGUGCUUAAGAUCCAGACAACUUUUUAUCAUAAAGAAAAUUAAAAAAAAAAUAGGCAGCCAAAUUGUAAAAGAUAUCAAUGAAAUUGGAUGAAGUAGCAUAUGAUUACGAUUCUAAUAUUCAACUCAUAAGCAAUAAUUCUAAUUAUGACAAUUGAAUUGGAG